CCUUGAAAUUGGCUGCGAAAGUAAUUAUGAGAGGGAAGGCAGAAGUUCGGCCUUGUCCCAAAACUAUGGGUUCGCGCGUCAGGUCACGUGCAGCUUGCUUUAGCUGGGGGUUUGAAGUAAUAUUAAGAAGGAUGGCGUCUGAUAUGUUAUAAUAUGGUGUAUUUUCUCUAUUUUGCUCUGUUCUGACUUUUAUGACUUUUAUUUACUUAAUUGCCGUUUUGUUUAUCGUUGGGCUGAGAGCUUUCCAUCCUUAUCAUGUGGCUGCCGAAAUAUUGGCGAUCACCGUAGCGACUGAGCCCAACAUUCACAUCAACAACACAAUCGCAAUCAACCCGAUACUCACCGCCGCCAACUUCAACGACGAGGUUACAUAUACAGCUUGCGGAAGUGGCACAGCAUACCCAGGUCGCCUCUAUCCCACCAUACCAAACGCGGUUAACCCGAUACCGGCUUGGCCCAGGAACCCCUCAGUGCGCCCACGACGAACAACCAUAAAUACUUUAGGAGCCCAAACACCCCUAUCGGGACUCGAUUUCAACCUCCAGCUUAGCACACCAUGGCGGAAGCCGAAGAGGACUUCAGUGCCCUCCCCCUACCCGAUAGAUUCCAGCACAAGAACUGGAAAGUACGAAAGGCCGGUUAUGAAGAUGCGGUCAAGCAAUUCGAAGUCACACCAGACGAACACGAUCCCGCAUUCAAGCCGUUCCUCCAAGACUCGGGGAGUUUAUGGAAGGGGGCAGCGGCGGACUCGAAUGUUGCGGCACAGCAGGAUGGUGUUGCUGCGCUAUGCGCAUUUCUCAAAUUUGGUGGGCGCGAAUGCAGUACAAGGACACGAGGAAACGUCGUCUCAUCUCUAGCCGAAAAAGGUCUCUCAUCGACAAGGGCAGCAACGAAAGCGUCGUCGCUCGAAGCGAUAUUGCUCUAUGUCGAACUUGAUACAGCAGGCCCUGUGAUUGAGGAGCUUCUCCCAUCAUUGGGCAACAAACAACCCAAAGUUGUAGCUGCGACAUUAGCUGCGCUGACGGCGAUUUUCCACAACUUUGGAUGCAAGACGGCCGACCCGAAACCGGUCUUGAAAAUCCUCCCCAAGGCUUUUGGACACGCCGACAAGAACGUCAGAGCAGAGGCCACUAACCUGACCCUCGAAUUCUACCGCUGGCUGAGAGAUGCUAUGAAACCCAUGUUCUGGGGAGAGCUGAAGCCCACACAACAGACCGAUCUGGAGGCCCAAUUCGAGAAGCUCAAGGCAGAACCUGCACCGAAACAAGAACGCUUCCUACGAUCCCAACAAGCAGCAAUGGCGCGGGCUCCACCGCCAGGCGCAGACGCAGGACCAGAAGAGGAGGAAGAAGAAGAGGAGGUCGUGGAAGUUGAUGUUUUCGACCUGGCGGAACCACAAGACGUCCUGUCGAAAGUGUCGCCGGAUUUCAGCGACCAGUUAGCUUCUUCUAAAUGGAAGGAGCGGAAGGAGGCGUGCGAGGCCCUGUUCAAGAUUUUGGACGUCCCGAGAAUCAAGGACGGGGAUUACGGGGAGAUUACGAGGGGUCUUGCGAAGUGCAUGAAGGAUGCCAACGUGGCAGUCGUUACAACUGCAGCUAAUUGUAUUGAGGUUCUCGCCAAGGGCCUCCGGAAACCUUUCGGUAGAUACCGCUCUACCAUCAUGGGACCCGUACUAGAGAGGCUCAAGGAGAAGAAGGCCGCCGUUGCCGACGCCCUAGGCGCCGCUCUCGACCAAGUCUUCAUGGCCACAAGUCUCGGCGACUGCCUGGAAGAGAUUCUAGAAUGCCUGAAACACAAGAACCCCCAAGUCAAAGAAGGCACGAUGAAAUUCCUCAUCCGCUCCCUGAAAACCACGCGCGAAGCCCCCGCCAAGCCAGAAGUCGCCUCCAUCGCCGAAGCCGGCAAGAAGCUCCUCUCCGAGUCGAGCGAGGGUCUCCGCUCCGGCGGUGCCGAGGUGCUCGGCACGCUCAUGAAGAUCAUGGGCGAGCGCGCUAUGGGGCCUCACCUCGAGGGUCUCGACGAGAUCCGCAAAACCAAAAUCAAGGAAUUCUUCGACGCCGCUGAGGUCAAGGCAAAAGACAAGCCCAAGCCACCCCCCCAAGCCGCGCCUCCCAAAGCCGCAGCCGCCCCAGCAGUAGCCCGAAAGGUCGUAGCUAAGAAGCCAGCCGCGGCGAAGAAAGCCCCCGCCCCGCCGAGCAUCUACGCGCAGCAGCCACAGGCCGCAUUAGAGCCCCAGCCGACUGGACGCACGGUCUCUAAACUCGGCACGAAACCGGGACUCAAGGCACCGCUGAAGCGCACCCUCGCUGGACCAGGCGGCGCGCCGGCACCGAACUUGGCAUCCCCCCGCCGACCACUCAGUCAGGCGCCUGCGCAGAUGGAAGAGGAAGUCAUACCCGCCCCUCGCAUCGGGCUCGGCGGCCGCGGACUUGCCGGCCGACCCCUCGGCAAGCCAGCUCCAGCCGCGCGCAUGGACUCUCCCUCCCCCCCCCCCUCCUCCGGCUUCUCUGCUCUCGAGAAAGCGGAACUCGACGAGCUGCGUCUCGACAAAGACAGGUUGCUGCGGAACUGCGAUGAUCUGCGGCAGGAGCGGUCGAGGUUGAACUCCGAGGUGCAGGAGCUGCGGAAUCAGAAUGCCCAGUUGAUUGAGGAUCAUACGAGGGAUAUGCUGAGUAUUAAGGCGAAGGAGACGCAGCUUGUCCGCGCGAGGAGUGAGGCCGAGGCGGCGGAUGCGAUGUGUGCGCAGCUGAGGCGCGAGAUGGAGAGGUUGAAGCGCGCGUUGACUGCUGCGGAGCGCGCCGGGUCGGGGCCGGUGAGUCCUGGUGGGAUGGGGGAGAGGAGCAUGAGUGGUGGGAGCGACGAGGCCGGUAUCUAUCGCGAUACGGGAAUGUAUGGGCAGGAAGGCCGACGGACGCCUGGGUUUGGCGGCAGGGGUGGUGGCGCCGGGUAUGGGGAGGAGAAGGAGAAUGGGAAUGGAUUUGAGAGUCCGGGGGCGGGGAUGAGGAAACUCCGCAGUCCGGAUUUGUUGAGCAGGGGGUUGUCGAGGACGGGGAGCGCGAGUAGUGGGAGGAGUCCGGCGAGGGAGGCGUAUAGAGGGGGGAGAGAGGCGAGUAAUCCCAGCCCGGCGCCGGGGGAUGGGCAGCCGGUGGAGAGUUGGAAGAGGGCGGCUGAGGUGACGAGUGCGUUGAAGGCGAAGAUUGAGCAGAUGAAGGCGAGACAGGGGAUUUCGAGGCCGUAGGUUUCGAGUAAGGAUACGACGAGGGGGGGUGA